AUGGACGUCAAUCAAUUGGUCUGUAAUAAUCAGUCAAUCAAAAUUGUACCAUCAAUUGAGGACUCAUUGACAUCUAUGGGAUUAAACGUGACUUUAGAUGAAAACUCUGAAGCGUGGUUAACACAACUGAAAAUUACUUGGAAGACGUGGAAAAGAACACCAGCAGUUGAAAAUUACAUUGAAUCAUUUUUUAAAUCUCAGUCAGACCCAUAUAGAUUAGCUCUUGUUUUUGUUAUUAAAUGUGAUGAUUACAAAGACUGCAAACCUAAAUCGUUACCUUAUCUUAUAGUAGAAAUUUUACAGAAGUGGUCACAAUCUUGUAGUUUAUUUCCAGAAGAUUAUCUCAAAUUACCGGCAUUCCACAUUGCUAUACAUCAGAGAAAUCCAACUUUUAUGGCUCUCACUAUAAAUACUUACCAAAUUGUCAGUAUUAAAGACAAAAUCUUACCAAUCAUAAAGGAUAUGAUCAGUAAUGACAACUGCAAACAAGCAUCACAAAUUAUUAUAGCCAUGCAUUUAUUUGAAGAUAUAUCAGUGGAGAGUUUACUGUUUCCAUUAGUAUUACAGGAUAAGAAUAAUGUGAUUGAUGAAUAUUUGUCACAGUGUCCUAACCAAGCAAAGCCCAUGGUACUAUUCAUAGAUAAAUUAUUAGAUAAAACAGUCAGCAUUCGUGAAUUUGUUCAAAAUUAUAUUGAAGAAAACAAAGUUUCCCAUGUUAAAUACGAUAAAGUACACCAUAAACCUCUGGGGAAAUUAGUGGCACGUUUAUGCAACAAGUUUAACAUUCCCAUUGAGACAUGCAAGAAUCUCAGUAAGAAUCGCACAACUGGUGGGUUAAGGUUCUUAAUAUAUCAGAAGUAUCAUGAACACAAUGUCAGCAAUUCAGUUUGGGAAGACUUAGUUAAAGACUCACUGAAGCAAAAUGCAGGCUCUGGCCAAGAAUUCUUAGAUAUGUUGGUGGAUUAUGAUAGAAAUGAAGCUCUAAAGUGGGCUGCCUAUUUAAACAUGCCAGAGAAUCUCUUACCAUUAGCACUAAGAGAAAUUUCACUUAAUGAUAUACCAGAAGAGCAAAAUUGGGAUACAAAUGUAGUAUCUACUCAAGAAUAUUAUAAGUUUUCUUUACCUGAAGAUCACAUUUACAUUAUCGAUACAAGAGAAAAGUUCUGCAAUGUAAUGAUGCCAGACAUGGUUCAAGCCAGUGUGGCUAGUAUUGACUGUGAAUGGAAACCUUCUUUUGGAGCAACACAAUCUCAUGUAGCUUUAAUACAGUUAGCUACACUCAAUAAAGUGUAUUUGAUUGAUGCCCUAAUAUUAAAUAAACCAGAAUACUCCAGUUGUUGGAGUCUUUUCUAUAAAUCAUUUUUGGAUAAUGCUGAAAUCAUUAAAAUAGGAUUUGGUCUUGAGCAGGAUUUUAAGGAAAUGAAAGCUACUGUUGUUGGUUUAGGAAAUAUUAAAGUACAAGGAGAAGGAUUGUUGGACCUUAGUCUUUUAUGGAAGAGUCUCAUAAGUAAUGGUCUUACCAUUCCUGGUAAUAGUGACAAUGGCAAUAGCCUCAGUUCAGUGGUACAAUCAUGUUUUGGAUUGCCCCUGGAAAAAUCAGAACAAUGUUCGAAUUGGGAAUUGAGGCCACUCAGAAGUACACAGAUUGUUUAUGCUGCUUUGGAUGCUCAUGUUCUGGUACAAAUUUAUGACUUUCUUUUAAACCUGUGUUUGGAUCAACAUAUAAAUUUUGAAGAAAUAUGUAAUGAUGUUAUGUUGGAAAGCAAAAAGAAAUGUUCAAAGAAACCUAAGGUUAUAGACAGAUUACAAUUAAGUUUACCUAUUAUGGAGGAAAGGUCAUCAAAAGCAGUGAAGUUUGUGAUUGAACAUGGAUUGUCUGGUUUAUUGCCAUAUUUAAGGUAUUGUGGAAUGGAUGCAAUUGUAUUUCCACCACAAAUGAUAUGGCAUGAUGUCAUAAACUUGGCUAUAUCAGAAAAUAGAUUUGUAUUAUUAAGUAACUUAAAAUACACACCCUAUGUGAGUUAUCCACAGAGUUAUAUAUUAGAAUUAGGUAAAAAUUCAUUUUAUAAGCAGUUAAGAAAGGUGUUUCAUCAUUUUAAUGUGACAAUUGAUCAAGAGAACUUGUUCAGUUUUUGUAUAAACUGCAAUAGUACUAGUUUAACUAAACUUAGUAUUGAUAAAGUUGUUGAAAUCUGUAAGGAGUAUGUAGCUGUAUCUGCUAAACCUGUCUACUCUGUAAAAUACAAUGAUUAUGAUGAUGAUGAUGUUGGUUAUAAUGACAAUUUUCUGAGUGAUUCAGAUGGUGAUGAUGACUUGUAUCAGCCAGAUACAUAUAGCAAACAACCUAUAAAAACUAAAACAGGAGUGCCAAUAGUAAUAGAUGAGCCACAUAAAUUAUUAACUUCUAAUCAGCCAGCUAUCUUGUGUGAUGCAUGUGGUAAAUUGUUUUGGAAUGAAGAUAGUUUGUUAAAACCUGUCAGUGAAGCUGUUUACAAUAUUAAAAAGGUUAAACUCUUUUAA